AUGACACCUUCUACUCCGCCUAGGUCGAGACAGAGAAGGCACGAUUCCGGGUCGCUGGAAAUGCAUGGGUAUGGGGACUCUGUGAUGGGUACGCCGCAGCGGUCGCAGCUGCUGGCGCCUGUGACGCCAUCCACGGUGCAGAAGUUCAAGAGUGUGCCUGCCCUGCAGCCGCAGAAGACUACGUUUAACGGGCUGAAGUCGCCGGAGAGGUCGCCGUUCCCGCUGCAAGGUAGGCGUGGGUCUGUGAAGAGGACGUUUGGUGACGACGCGGGGGCCGGGUGUGACUCCGGGUGUGACUCUCUGCUGGGCGACGCGAGCGGGAAGUAUAAGAGCAUCACAAAGACGCUGUUUGCGGAGGAGACAGAGCCCCUGUUUCCGCCCGAGACGUCGACGUCACCUUCCCGGUCUUCGUCGCCUCUGCAACUGCCUAAGUUGCAAUUGAGCCACAUUCGCGAUGCAGAAAACGACGAACAGAUAAGGAAGAUGGCAAAGCAAGUGCCCGGUACUCCCAGUGACAAAGUGAUCACUUUCGAGAUGGCUCAGGAUUGGAAUAACGUCUCGAGCAAAGACGGCACGACGAACUCCGACACCGAGGAUGAUCUCCUGGUGACUAAGAAGCCAUUGAAGAACCCGUUCGCAUCGGAUGAUGUUAUAGAUGAAACAGAGCGCAGAAGAAGACAUAACCAACUGCUGAAAGAAAACCCUGAGCUGGAGUCUACGAUAUCGUACGUGAAUAAGAACGGCGAGGUGGUGAAGCAGAGGCACCUGUCUCUAGAGGACCAAAUCAGAUAUAAACCAAGAGCACUAUUCACUAAAGAAAUUGAAGAACUUAAGAGAGACAAGAAAUAG